CUUGGGCUACUGGAAGUAGAGAGAUCCAGAGAAAAGACAGCCCCAGAGCUAUAACAGAGGGCAGAGGUUAAAUCUUUUGGCAUAUUUACCAUAAGAAUGGUCACUGCACACCCUCUCCCUGAAGGCUUCACUGAAAUAGAAGUGUUUGCCAUUGGCACUGCCCUGCUGGUUGAAGCCCUGCUUGGUUUCUGUCUGAAUGGCUUGACAAUUAUUUCUUUCCGAAAAAUCAAAGAGCUCCGAACACCCAGCAAUCUGCUGGUUCUCAGCAUCGCCCUGGCCGACUGCGGGAUUUGCAUCAACGCCUUCAUCGCUGCCUUUUCCAGCUUCCUCAGAUACUGGCCCUAUGGCUCUGAUGGCUGUCAAAUCCAUGGAUUCCAAGGCUUCCUGACAGCCCUGGCCAGCAUUGGCUCCAGCGCUGCCAUUGCCUGGGACAGAUACCAUCACUACUGUACAAGGAGCAGGCUGCAGUGGAGCACAGCUGUCUCCAUGAUGGUGUUUGCAUGGCUGUUUGCUGCCUUCUGGUCCGUGAUGCCCUUACUGGGGUGGGGGAAAUACGACUAUGAGCCGCUCCGAACCUGCUGCACCCUGGACUACAGCAAAGGGGACAGAAACUAUGUCACAUUCCUUUUUGCUCUGUCCACUUUCAAUUUCAUGAUCCCAGGCUUCAUCAUGCUGACAGCCUAUCAGUCCAUACACCAAAAGUUCAGGAAAACUGGGCACUUUAAGUUUAAUACUGGUUUACCACUGAAGACACUGGUCAUUUGCUGGGGUCCCUAUUGCCUCCUGUGUGCCUACGCAGCAGUGGAAAAUGUGACAUUCAUCCCACCAAAAUACCGCAUGAUUCCUGCUCUUAUUGCCAAGACUGUGCCAACGGUGGAUGCCUUCAUAUAUGCCCUGGGAAAUGAGAACUACAGAGGAGGAAUAUGGCAGUUCCUCACAGGACAGAAGAUUGAGAAAGCAGAGGUUGAUAACAAAACUAAAUAACCCAUUAUGGUACUAAACAAAAUUACUGCAGGUACAUCACUGAAAGCAAAAUUCAAGAGAAAACCGAGUGCAUUCUCUGAUAUGUAUGUGCAAAUGUGGUUCCACAUUGGAAAGGCUGUGCACUGGCUACAAACAAUGAAGUAUGGAAAGAAAGCCCUCCAGAUAACUGUCCAAACCAUCAUGAGCUGCUUGUCAAACAAGCUGCCUUAAACCUGUGUCAAUUGUCAUCAGUCUCAUUUUAUAAGUCACUAUGAAUAAACUAUGUGCUGGAAAGCAUUUUUUUCUCCUGAUAAAAGUUAACAUAAAAGCUCAGCAAAUUAACUGCAGCAGGAUAUUCAUUUACCCAGUGAAGCCUCAUCAGAUCAAUCUGUGCAGGUUGUCCAUAUGGUAAUGUCUGGAUUACCAGAAGAUUAAACCAG